CCGAAAGGACAGAGGGCACACAGGGCAGGGUACAAAAGAUGAGCACAUAAAAUGCCCGGAGAAAUACGUCUGGUGAAAGAAACCAUUCACACAGAUAUCGUUUACCUUUUGACUUGGGAAUAAUAGGAAGAGACAAAUAUUCUAUUUGCCGAUUUGAGAUUAACGAACUGGUUCCAAAUUACGAGCACCGGUUCGCUUGCAUACACGAACAGGGUGUUCAAAUCACCUAGGUACGCGUUAAACACGUACGGGGCAAUAAUAUUUUCGGAGAACUCCUUGAGGAGACUUCGAUUGUAAGAAAGGCCGGUGAUACUGGUAGACACUCCCGGUAGACAUUGUUUCUAUUCAGAGUUUGUCAAGUUAUUGACGGAGAUACACUAGAGUUUGAAUCAUGCUUCAUUACUGGAAUUAAUGCACGCAUGCAGUAUAAUGGUUCAUCAAAAUGUCACGACAUGUUUAUGGAGCAUAAUGUUUUAACGAGGUCAUUAAACCACAAUUAUCUUCACUGUUCGGGACACUAAUUGUUGUGGUUUUUGGAGUGAGAGAGAGCGUCGGACUUCGUUCGUCCAGAGCAAGAUUCGUCCGUUAUUACCUAUCUGCCUGUUUUGAAAGCUAGAGGUACACCCAACCCAUUAUGACGUCACAUGUGUCUCCUCCCUUCAACCUGUCGUUCACCGAGGCGUCGUUCUUCGGACUGAGCAACCUCGGUGUGGCGCAAUGCCUCCUCGAUCACGGGACCGUAGUCCUCUCCCAGAUGCAGGCGAUAGGCGGCUCAUCCUCCAGUGCCAUCAUCGCUGCUAUCAUAGCAACGGCUCCUGAAAAAUUAGCGGAUUUACUCUAUGGCCUCUACGAUAUCGUCGACGAGAUGUCGCCCCUCCCAAAUGGCGCCAUCACUCCGGGAUUUGAUUUCAUUGGUCGGCUCCGCGUGCUCCUCGACCGGCUCCUACCAAUGACAGCGCACCAAUUAGCAUCUCAUAAAUUAUUCAUCAAAGCUACCGAACUGCGAUUGGUUGAUAAGUACGACGCGCUGACGGUGCAUGACGUCGAUCAGGGGACGAGCUCGUGCGUGAGGUCGAAGGGACCAAAAGUAUUCGAGGUCGGUGAUCGGGCUUGGAGCUUGGGUGCCGAGGUUCAGAUUUCAAGCUAUGGUAGUCGAGAGGAGCUCAUCGAGGUUAUCCUGGGCAGCGUCUUUGUCCCUUGGUUCACGACGUGGACACCGCCCUCAUGCAAUGGAAAGUUCUUUGGGGACGUCACUUUGUCCCGGAAGGAGAACCUCUCUGGCGAUGUGACCUUCCAGUUCCCACCCGGAAGUCUGAUCAAGAUCUCACCGAGUCCGAAGAACCGUCUGAACAUGCGCGACAAGAUCGCGUGCGGCUGGGUCGACACGACAGGGCAACGGUUCGACAUUAGCGCGCUGCAGAUGUAUCGCAUCGGUGACGGCCUCUACCCGCCUCCGAAGGCGUAUCUCGAGACGUAUUUUGCGGACGGUUACGAGGAUGCGACCAGGUUUUUAAAGUUUUAUCACAUUUAUGAGGAAAACGGCAGGGGUUAUGGCCCUCGACAGGACUCCUACGCUUCCAUUCAUUUUGUGGAGGACUUACGAUGAAGACAAUCAAACUGAAUUUCGCAAUCAUUU